CGCAAAGCCAAAUAGACAGUUGAGGGAGCCAACCGCAUCUGUCAUCUUGAAGCCAUUAGACCAAUAACAGGGUGGCGGGGGAGGGAGCUUGCCGCACUGAUCUCUGUUUGCAGCAUCCCUGGAGCAGCGUCUGUUGCUCUGUUGUGUGAAAUACAAGAAAGAGCAAGACGGGGGGGGGGGGGAGGAGAUCCGAGCAGGCAACCGGAGAACGGGAAGGUGAUCCUUGGAGGCUGCCGGGAUAGGGUUAAAUCUGGUGUAUGGAGUCCAUCCUCACAAAGAAAUGGCUGUUUUGUCAGUGUAAACAGCCUGUGCAGUACCUGCAUUGCUGAAGGGGGAAGCAGAAGAGGAGGAGGAGGAGGAGGAGGAGGAGGAGCAGCCACUGGAGGAAAUGCUGCCUCUUCCAGUGAAAUUUUCGUCUCUCUAGCUAACCCCGGUCUGCCGCAGAUCACCUCUGAAUUCAUGCAUGUUGUAUGUUAAGUUUUAGGUUUUAUUCUCCUCAUCAUAUGACCAGCGUAUCAUCAAUGCCCCAGCAGACCUCAACCCAAAGGGAAGACACCUGUGUCGACCAUGAGAUGCAGUAGAGGCUGAGCGACACAACGACAUUCACACACACAGAGAUCAAAAAUACAUCCUUCCGUUGAAACUGUUACGCCUGACCAUGGCUGUUACUGCAGCUAAGACAACUACAAGUUUUCUCUCUACAACUGCCACGACCACCGCAAUCCCCUUCCUCUCGACGAGCAAGAGCGCCAGAGACAAUGUCACCUCAAGAACGACAUUAAUGACUGUUACUAUAACAACAAAUGACACCAGCUUCAAUGCCACGGCGUUUCCAGAGGCGGUGAUCGAGGGCUCGGGAAUGGGAAUGGUGCUCGUACCCUUUGGCAUCAUCACUGUCAUUGGCUUGGCCGUGGCAAUUAUGCUGUAUAUUCGGAAACGGAAGCGGUUGGAGAAGCUGAGGCACCAGCUCAUGCCCAUGUACAACUUUGACCCGGCUGAAGAACAAGAUGACCUGCUGGAACAGGAACUACUGGACCACGGCCGGGAAGGCAGCCUCACAGGUCCCAAUGCCAAGUUUUAACAAUGGCAUAAUGGUAAAAGGCAAACAUGGUAAAGUAUCAUCUGUGUGUCUUUUGAACCAUCUCUCAUCCUCAUUCUAUCAUUAUUUCAGUAUCUCAAACUAAUGUUGUGUAAUGUUUAUUGUUUCUCAUUUUAUAUGAACUAUCUUUAAUCUAUAUUAAAGUAUAUGCUAAUAGAGGACACACACCAUCACAUUCAGUCGUAACCUUUAAACAUGCAUCCAUAUUAUCUUUCAUUCUUUCCUUUGUGCUCCCUCAACUUAAUACUUUGAUAAUCAAAUAUUCCAGGGGCCACAUGCAGUCAAAAAGUAUGCAAAACACCACUUUUUGUGAUAUUUUUUAAAUAAUUAAAUCAAUCCAUUCAUGAGUUUAAUACACACGUUGAAGAUUUCUAGUGGUACAAUCGGAGUGAUAUGUUGAGAAGUACCGAUAAGUGCUGUUUUAUUUAUUAUUUGUUGUUUUUUAGUUCAGUAGCAAAAGUUUCAUAACAUGAACGUAAGCUCACAAUCUAAUUAGCCCACUUAUUAGCUUUUUCCAUAGCUUUCAAUUCCAUCUCACACAUGGCAACUAAACCAAACUGAGCGAAUGUCAUUCCUUAAAAAAGUACAUGAAAUGUUUGCAUACUCUUUGGUUUUAUAUGUGGCCUCUGGUCCGAACACAUUUUCUCUGGUUUCAGUUGUCAGUCACACUUUACAUCCUCAAAUAUUAAGUUGAUUCAGCUGUUUUGAUGGUCCUAAAAUGAAUAAAAAGGGGACAAAUAGCAGUCAAUACUAUUUCUUACAAUCCAAGGCUGGAGAGCCUGUUUGAUCUUAAUGUCACUAACAGUUGUAUCUCCCAUCUGCCCUGCUGCCCAUCUGCUCUGCAGACUCUCACAACCUCGCAGGGGACCACGCAGAGGCCCAGUCGCCUGGUCUUCACAGAUGUAGCCAAAGCUCUCAAUGCUUAACAGCAUUCUUCUAUUAGUUCAAUCAUCCAGAAACAGACUGUCUCCGAGGAAGGAAAACAAAGGGAAAACUGGACUGGUUCUGGCAACAACCGGAGCUUUGGUGAAAGUUUUCAUCACUACGACACAGUACGUGAAAUGCCCGUGGUUUUCAAAAGAAGAAAAAAAGCGUAGGUUGCAUGUAUGAUGAGGGAGUAUAAUGGGAAGCAUCAUGUAUGAUCUCACACUGCUAUCAUUUUGAGCACAAAUGGAGUGUGAUGCACUUUUCUUGAAUCAUGUUGUGUCAUUAGUGUUAAAAUUGUUGGUAGCUUGUCAGUGAAGUUCUUCUGAGCUUCAAUAUCUACUUCCAUGUUUGAUAAAAGAGAAGUGUAAAUUUGUGUUAUACUGAUUUUGUGGUCUUUCGUCUCUGACAAGCUUGAACUCUGGAUGUGUCACCAUCCUUAAGUGAACUGUCCCUCUCCAUUUUGUUUCUUCUUUAUUGAGCAAUGAAGGAUUGUUUCCGUCUGUAUACAUUAAAACUAUUUAAACCAAUUUGAUAAAAAGGGUUUUGUUGUACAAAUAUAUAACAAAGGAGUCGAUAGGUGUGAUAUUUUAUUGAUGAGCGAUAAAGAAGCAGAAUAACACAAAUCACAUGGUAAAGAAUCAUAAAAUAUAUAUCACAGGUUUGUGAGUUGUAUUAAUGAAGUGGAUGAGGAUCAAUAACAUAACUACAAAAUUGUGUUAAAAGUAAGGCAUAGAAGAUUAUUUCUCAAGUUACACUUCAACAUUUCAACAGUUGAAAAUGGAUCAAGUACUGUAUGUAACUAUAUCACCAUCAGUAAGAUCACAGACCAACGUUGUCCCAGUAUAGAGAGUAAAUAUCCAGACACAGUGUGUGUAAAAUAAUAAACAUUGACCAAGCUGUAGUUAAAUUAAGAGGCACCCUUCAGGCUGACUCUCAUUCAUUAUGGUGACAUGAAUGGAGUGAGAUGAGAUGAGUGGACUACAACAGUAACAGUUUGACAGUUAUUUCAAGAUUUCAUGAUCCACAUCACCUGCAGGUCUGAUGGAAAAGAUCAGAUAAAACCCAAACAUUUCCUCAGAUGUGUCCCAGGCGUGUUAGUUUUCAGAGGUAGUCCGGAGGGCAAAACAAGUAACGUCAAUGCAGUUGAACAUGAAAACAUGUCUGCCUGUAAAUGAAUUAAACUCCUCUGGCAGCAAUUUAGUCAACAAGCUGAAAUACAUGAAAGUACUGGGAUACAACUCAUCAUCAGUGAUAAAAUAAGGAGGUUUUAGGAGAAGGAAAGACUUGAUAUAUACAGCAAAUUAUGGGUGAUAUUCAGGUCAUGUAAUAAACAAUUAGUAAGUAAUAUGCAGUUCAUGUUGGAUAAAUGUCUUCCACGCGUGAUGACUCAGGGACAGAAUCUGAGGAAGUUGAAGUAUUUGCAAUAGGCUGUCUUGUUUUGUAAAAAACUCUUUGUUUAAAAAAAUAAAUUCUUCCAAAACACCAAUUUUAUUCUGUUGGUAAAUGAGUA